AUGGCGGUCACAGAUGAUAUCGCCUCCGAAAAGCCUAUUGCAGCUUUGACUGUCGCAGGAAACCCUGAAAAGGAAGUUCGCCCGACUCCCUCUAUCGACCAAGACCCUGAGCUAGCCACUCCGGAAAUCAGAAAAUAUCCUGAAACAGAUCUCGACAAGGGUAUUGUUGGAUGGGAUGGACAAGAUGAUCCCGAAAACCCCCAAAACUUCCCUGCUGGUCGGAAAUGGGGUCUUUUGGCCCUGAUGAGUGCAAUUACAUUUGUUUCGCCUCUUGCAUCAAGCAUGUUCUCGCCAGCCGUGAGCUAUGUCGGGACUGAUUUUGGUGUCACCAAUGAAACGAUACUUUCCCUGAGUGUCAGCAUUUUUCUGCUUGGAUAUACUUGUGGCCCCCUCAUCAUAGCCCCCAUGAGCGAGAUCUAUGGUCGCAGAAUUGUGCUCAGCUGUGCCAACUGGUUCUUCGUCGCCUGGCAGAUUGGCUGCGCCCUAGCCCCAAAUAUCCAGAGUCUGAUUGUUUUCCGUCUCUUCGCCGGUAUGGGCGGUGUUGGCUGCUUAACCCUCGGCGCAGGAGUCAUCGCCGACCUUUUCCCCAUUGAACAACGCGGUCUUGCGACAUCCAUUUGGAGCUGCGGUCCCCUGAUUGGCCCUGUAGUGGGACCAAUCGCCGGUGGAUUUAUCGGAGAGACAAUCGGCUGGCGUUGGGUGUUCUGGAUUCUUUUGAUAUUAGGCGGCGUUGUGUCGUUGGGUAUUGAAUUCUUGAACCAAGAAACCUAUGCCGCUGUGUUGAUUCGGCGCAAGACCGAGCGACUCUCCAAAGAGUUGAAUCGUAGCGACCUGCGCAGUGCCUAUGCACGAAAAGGUGAAAACCCAUCAGUGCGUGCGGAGAUGAAAAUCGGUCUGAAGCGUCCAGUUCUCCUCUUCUGCAAAUCGCCCAUCGUCCAGCUCCUCUCCUUGUACAUGUCUAUCGUAUAUGGUCUUCUGUAUCUGUUCUUUACGACCAUUUCGACUGUUUUCGAGAGUCAGUAUGGCUUCACAACGGGUCUAUCGGGACUUGCUUAUCAAGGCAUUGGCAUAGGGUUCGGGAUCGGACUAGUUGCCAAUGCAUUAACCAACGACAAGAUUGUCAUGAAGCUGACUCGACGCAACGGGGGCAAAUUCGAACCGGAAAUGCGACUUCCCGCUAUGAUCUUCUAUUCCUGCAUCCUCCCGAUUAGCUUCUUCUGGUACGGUUGGACAGUCGACCAAGACGUCUUCUGGAUCGCUCCAAUUAUCGGUAUGGUACCUUUUGGAAUCGGCAUGAUGGGCGUCUACCUACCAAUCCAGACAUACGUCAUUGACUGUUAUCCUGCGUACGCGGCGUCGGCUAAUGCGACACUCACCGCGACGCGAUCGUUGGUCGGUGCGCUGCUUCCUUUGGCGGGACCCAAGUUAUUUGACAGUCUGGGUCUUGGAUGGGGUAAUUCGCUACUGGGAUUUAUUGCGUUGGCAUUUAUACCCGUGCCAAUCGUCUUUUCUCGCUAUGGACAGCGUAUUCGAGAAAAGUUCCCGGUGGAUCUUGAAGGAAAAUCCACGUAG